AUGGCACUAUUCACGCCAAUUAAGUGCAGUCGAAAGGGUCACAAAGAAGAAUGCUGCAAAGACAACUUCAGGAGCUCGCGCAAACACCGACCCGACAAAAGAAGGCAGGCAGAGGCCAUGACCGCCACAUUCAGGAUGAAGGCACCCGGUCGACUGCAACUCUGUAUUGGUCCGUUGGCUUCCUGCUCCGCCCACUACGAUAUACCAAAAGGUACGGUAGCUCUACACAACCGUCUAUGGAGACAAAGUAAAAUUAUUACAACUGCAUUUAUAGGAAUAAAUUAUCGUUCAUCUGCAACACCCUUUCCGUGCCUAGCUACCAAGCCACCCGAAGGUGAAAUGAGGGCCGGGAUAAUACCAGGUUUCCCAGCCCUAGACAAGAGCAACCGUGAAGCCGGGUUCGGGUUCAAACUACGGACCUUCUGGGACUACGUCUCCCGGAAUGAAAUUACCGACCAGAGGGUACGUGGUUCGAAUCCGACCCGCUCUGCCUCUCGACUUCCCCUGUCUGGUCUUGGGCAACCUGGCAGUAUCCGAGCCAUCAUUCUUCCUUCGGGUGGCAUGGAAGCUGGGCACCGAAAGGGUGUUACAGAUGAACGGUUUCCUCCCGCAAUCCUAAUAGAGUAA